CCGUGCUGCGUCACAAUCCACUAGGCUGUAUGCAGCUAGCGCGUCAACUGCUGCGCAGGUAGGCCUACAGCAGAAAAAGGUGGUUUAUGCUUCAAACGAGGUUUCGCAUUAGGAAGCGAUACGCCAACUUUCACGACUCACUGUUCGCGUGUGCACCACUGGCCUCUCCAGCAUCAACCAACCACCGUGACCUAACCAGUUUUCUUCAAGACUAGAAUUGUGGUGUUGGGCUCAUACAUACGAAUUCGGACUUUUAUUUCGCUUGUUCACGAGAAUGGGAUCGAGGUAAACGCUCCCAACCACCUGCGACUACGCUCCUCGCCCAGCCCUCGCGACCAGGCUGCUCUGAAAAACGAAAUCCGCAACCAUGACCGCCAAGGUUGCCAAAACUAUGGCGAAUGCCAUGAAUGGCUCGCUCAAUCACUCUAGCGGCCUUCAUUUGGUGUCCAACGAAGAUUCCGUAUACGAACAAGACAUCCUCCGCGACGGAUCAAGCAUAAAGCCUUGGCUUGUGUAUAUUGAAUUUAAAUCUCGUCAUGGAAGCCUACAAGAACAAGCUUUCGUCAUGGCCCGUGCCUGCGCCCAGCUACCGAGAUCAUACAAGCUUUGGAAGAUGUAUCUCGAGUUCCGGGUCAAGCACGUAUCGAAACUGAAUCCUGCUGUUCACACGAUCGAGUUCAACAAGGUCAACGCCGUCUUUGAGAGAGCUCUGAUUUUACUCAACAAGAUGCCCAAGAUUUGGGAAAUGUACUUGGACUUCCUAAUGCAGCAGCCUUUAGUUACAUCCGUGCGUCGAACGUUUGAUCGAGCACUACGAGCACUGCCAAUCACUCAGCAUAACCGCAUUUGGGCACUUUUUGUCCCCUUUGCGAACGCGGCCUCGGGUGACACCGCUGUCAAGAUCUGGAGACGCUACAUGCAAGUCCAUCCAGAGGAUGCUGAAGAUUUCAUCGAACUUCUCAUCAAGAACCGAUCGUAUACGGAAGCCGCGACGACAUACAUCAAGGUGUUGAACAAUACCAAAUUCAACAGCAAGCAUGGCAAAGGCCACUACGAACUGUGGAUGGAACUCGUCGAGCUCUUGGUAGACCACGCCUCUGACGUAGAAACUGGAAUCGAAACUGGCAUCGACGUUGAAAACAUUUUACGAAGCGGCAUCGACCGAUUUUCCGAUCAGCGCGGCAAGCUGUGGGCCGGAUUGGCAACAUACUGGAUCAGACGGGGCAGUUUUGAGCGCGCUAGAGACGUCUACGAAGAAGGCAUCACGACAGUGAUGACUGUGCGAGACUUCACCCUCAUCUUUGAAUCGUAUAUUGAGUUUGAAGAGUCCAUCAUUAGCGCCUUGAUGGACCGAGCGGCCGAUCGCGGCGACAAGGGCAUUGAGGAUGAAGACGCCGACUUUGAGCUCGACAUUCGCAUGAUGAGGUUCGAGCACCUGAUGGACCGCCGCCCAUUCCUCUUGAACGAUGUGCUCUUGAGACAGAACCCGAACCAGGUAGCUGAAUGGGAAAAACGAGUUGCUCUCUGGGGCGACAACAAGCAAGAGGUUGCCCAGACAUAUACAGACGCCAUCGCUGCCAUCAGCCCCAAACGAGCCGUUGGCGCAUUCCAUCAACUUUGGGCAAGCUAUGCCGGAUUUUAUGAAAAGGGUGGAGAUUUGCGCAAUGCUCGAAUCAUCAUGGAGAAGGCAGUCAAGGUUCCUUUCAAAUCUGUUGCCGAAUUGGCCGACAUGUGGAUUGAAUGGGCCGAGAUGGAGCUGCGAAAUGAGAACUUUGACGAGGCUGUUAAGAUUAUGGCCAAGGCGGUUCAGGCUCCUAAGCGAUCCGGCGUUGACUACUUUGACGAGACGCUGUCUCCGCAGCAGCGGGUACACAAGAGCUGGAAGCUCUGGAGCUUCUACGUGGACCUGGUGGAAAGUGUGUCGACGCUGGAAGAGGUGCAAAAGGUCUACGAGCGCAUCUUUGAGCUCCGCAUUGCGACGCCACAGACGGUGGUCAACUACGCCAACCUGUUGGAGGAGCACAAAUACUUUGAAGAGUCGUUCAAGAUCUACGAGCGUGGUCUUGACCUGUUUAGCUACCCAGUCGCAUUUGAGUUGUGGAAUUUGUACCUAACCAAGGCGGUGGACCGCAAAAUUGGUAUCGAGCGUCUACGCGAUCUCUUUGAACAAGCUGUGGAGGACUGCCCGCCCAAGUUUGCCAAGACCAUCUAUCUCAUGUACGGCAAUCUUGAAGAGGAGCGUGGCCUUGCGCGCCAUGCGAUGCGCAUCUACGAGAGAGCGACGCGUGCUGUUUCAGACGAGGACCGUGCCGACAUGUUCAACUUUUACAUCACCAAGUCGGCGUCCAACUUUGGGCUGCCAUCGACAAGACCCAUCUACGAGCGUGCCAUCACGGCGCUGCCUGAUGAUGAGGCCAAGGACAUGUGCCUCAAGUUUGCCGAUAUGGAGAAGCGCCUUGGCGAGAUCGAUCGUGCGCGUGCCAUCUACGGACACGCUUCGCAAUUUUGCGAUCCGCGUACCAAUGCCGACUUUUGGACUAAGUGGGAGCAGUUUGAGGUGCAGCACGGCAACGAAGACACUUUCAAGGAGAUGUUGCGCAUCAAGCGCAGUGUGCAGGCGCAAUACAACACAGACGUCAACUUUAUCGCCUCGCAGGCUCUGGCAAGACAACAAGCUGCUGCCGCCGCUUCUGGAGACACAGAAACUGCCGACGCCAUGGCGGCACUGGAGCGCCAGGCGCAGGCACCGCACGGAUUUGUGGCGGCAAGCACUGGACCUGUGGGCGGGAGUGCGCAGAGUGCCGCGCCAGCUGCUCCUGCUCAGCUUAACCCAGAUGCUAUCGAUAUUGACAGUGGAGAUGACGAAUAAUGGCAUUGUGUGUUUUUUUAAAAGGAGGGGGGGCGUUUUCUCGGUUCCUACCAAACAGAGCCUCUUGCAACGCAUUGAGGUUGCUCGUUUUUGUUUUCAUUUAUCUCUUGGGGAGCUAGAAAUUGCUUUUGCUUUCAAUCCCCUUCCGCUCUCUUUGAUCGCUCCUCUUUCGUCUUUCUUUUUGUUUGUCUUUUACUUCCAUUGGUGUUUACCUCUGGGGCUGCAGGGGAUCUUGAUGUACUGCUGCAUACUCUUCUUGUCAUUGGGUUGCCACACCUUUUUUUCUUUUCCGCUCUGUUAUCUUUGCUUUCUGUUUCAAUUACGCGAUGUGCCUUGUCGCUUUUCUUUCUUUUUUCAACCAAUUUAUAAAGAUCUUUGUAAU